AUGGAUGGUGUUCUUGCCACUAAAGGUACUGGCAUAGUCACCAGUGUUGCCUCCGAUUCUCCUGAUGACUGGGCUACUGUCACCAAUCUCAAGAAAAAGCACUACCCAAGAGCAUCAUCUGCCACUAUGAUGUUGGUAUUUAUCAUGCCCUCUGAGAAAACAUUGCCUGCGCAUUUGAACAUGGAGCUGAUCAAGGAACUCCAGAUUAUGAUUGCAUCUGCCAUCUUUACACCUCGUGCUUUUAGCAUCAUUCUCCCUCCUACAGAUGCCUCCACGACAGUGCCCAAAGCCUACAAGAUCAGACUCACCAAGGUAGCUGAGAUCAAUCCCGAGGUCCUACACCAUUUCGUGAAGGGAGAUCAAUCACACGAUGACAGCAUAUUGACUGCUAUCACUGUUCAUCUCUUUGCCUAA